GAGAACCUGAACCCAAGGUCCUCCACGCAGCCGCCCUGCAACGCCUGGUGGUUUUGUCCCAUGGUCAUGGCCAAGAAUGUGGUUUUGUCCCUGAUGUGAAGUCCCCAAACCCGGGCAAUGGGACCCAACUGGUGUGGGAAUGCGUGGCUGGGCACAGCUUCUCCUGGGCUCCCCACGUGGAGAUGGGACCCACCACAGAAGACCAGGAGAGCACCUCCAUCCUGGAGGAGAAGUUGGAGCAGGGGGUUGAAGCCCAAGAAGAGGAGGAGGAAGAGGAGGACUUUGGAGAUGACCUCACCUACACUGAUGAUCUGAGGGAUGAGAACUACCACCCAUCUCUGGACAGUGACUCGGACCCACCACGUCGGCCAAACCAGACCAAGACCAGGAAGAAACCCAUCAAGGAGGAGCAACCUCCACUUGAACCAAACUUGACCAGCUCCAGCCCCUCAGAGGACAUGGUUGGUCAAGUCAGCUCUGAGAGGCAACCACGGGACGAGGACGUGGCCCAGAUUGGACCCAAGAGGAUCAGGAAGGCGGCGAAGCGCGAGAUCCUCCUGUGCGACUUCGAAGGCUGCGGCAAGAUCUUCUCCAACCUCCAGUACCUGAACCACCACAAGAAGUACCAGCAUGUCCACCAAAAGACCUUCACCUGCUCAGAACCCACCUGUGGCAAGUCCUUCAACUUCAAGAAGCACCUCAAGGAGCAUGAGAAACUUCACAGUGACAAGAGGGACUAUAUCUGUGAGUUCUGCGCCCGAUCCUUCCGCACCAGCAGCAACUUGAUCAUCCACAGGAGGAUCCACACGGGGGAGAAGCCCCUCCAAUGUGAGAUUUGUGGCUUCACCUGUCGCCAAAAAGCCUCCCUCAACUGGCACAUGAAAAAACACGAUGCUGAGUCCUCCUACCAGUUCUCCUGUGACCUCUGUGGCAAGAAGUUUGAGAAGAAAGACAACGUCACGGCCCACAAGAGCAAAAGUCACCCCGAAAUUCCCCAAGGACCUUCCCAAAAUGAGCUGGGGCCACCUCAGGUGGCUCCAUCUUCAUCUCCCAACUUCCAGGAAGAGCCUGGAGGGUUGGUAGGGGAAGCUCUGGAGAUGCCAGGACUUGUGGACAACUUGGGGGGUGAAGUGGAGAAGGUUCCACCUCCCGUUGACGACCCGGGAGGGAAGGUGAUGGAUGAUGGUGGUUCCUAA